AAACAUCACUAGUUGUGUCAAUGAAAAACGUCAAAACAAUAUUUUUUCAGCUUGCUUUUAGUUUUUUUCCCAUGCUCAUCAUCAUGUAAUACGCGGAAAUUUGUUAUUAUUUCCAAUUUCAAUGCACCCAAACUAUCCGCUUGAAAUAAUCUUACGUAACUAGUGCUUCUCUACUUUCCAAAAAUGUCGUCAUUUGUGAAUCACAGGGAAGACAGCAGUGUAAACAUUGAAGAUACAUCCACAAAAGACAGUGUAACUUUUUACAAAAUAACAGUAAAAGUUGGUUCUGUUAGCUGGAGCGUGUUGCAUCGCUACAGUGACUUUGUGGAACUACACGAGAAGCUGGUGGCCGACCAUGGCGUGGCUAAAGACCUGCUUCCCCCCAAGAAAGUUAUCAGAAACAAAACACCAAAGUUUGUAGAGCAGAGGCGAGAGGCACUCAAUGAAUACCUCAAAAAUGUCUUCAACUAUUUACGACUGGCGAUGCCGUAUGAGUUUGCGCAUUUUCUGGACUUCCAUCUGUAUGACAUAUUUUUUCUACUGCAAGAGCUUGCUAAGAAGUUGUUUUUGGAAGGAGACAAGCUACUGCAAACUAAGAAGCCUUACACAUUUACUCCUUUAGAGCUACACGCAAUAAGCGAGAGGCUAAAAAUGGCGUGUCCGCCAACGGAAAAACCUGACAAGAUGUAUGACUUCAGCCACAUCCUGGACUUCUGCUGCCAGCUGCACUCCCUCAACAUUGAGGGCAGCUACGAGAAGCUCGGCACCAGCGAUGUGGUGCCUAAUAACUUGCAUUUCGAUCUGGUGCCUUUCAAGAGUCUACAAGAGUUGACUGUACUUGGAGUGCCUAUGGGAUGCAUUCAGAGUGUUGGUGGUCUCCGAGAUACCUUGAGGAGCCUGUCGGUGCUGAUAGCUGGUGUGGUGUCAUUGAACGAGUUCCUUCUGGUAGACAUCGUGCACAAGGACCCUUCCAGCAUUGCUGAUACUGUGAAAUGGAACAAGCUCUCAGUCAUCAAUUUUGCCAGCAACAACAUAGAGCAUGUGGACUGGGCGAUCAAACUCGUACCAAAACUGCAGCACCUCAGCCUAUCUUCCAACAAACUAACAGAACUAUGCGACAUCUCCUCCCUGCAUGAGCUCCGUAAUCUCAAUCUCUCAAUGAACAAGUUCACACUUUGCGACAGCUGGCAUUCCAAAAUAGGCAACAUUGUCAAGAUAGACUUGUCACAAAACGGUGUAUCUUCUUUACAAGGAUUCUCCAGACUCUACUCUCUAGAAAGCCUAGAUCUCAGCUGCAAUGUCAUAGAAGAUGUUGAAGAAGUGCAGCAUAUUUGCAAACUGCCUUGUUUGGAAUAUCUAUGGUUGACCGCCAACCCUGUGGCCUCGUCCAUAGACUAUAGAGUGAAGGUUCUAGAGCAGUUUAAUGCCAGGAUGUCGGAGUUGUGCCUGGAUAAUGAGAAGGCGUCUGGGAAGGAGCUGGACACGGCCAGAGUGCUGCAAGCGUUGAGGGUGAUGAAGGAAGGUAAGACCCCCAGUUUUCUUCAGAACAAUAACACGAGUCAUAGCUUCAAUCGCGAUAAAAGUUGAUGAUUGGCGUGUGGCUGAUGUUACCUUCCUGACCAGUGAGAGGAGUACGAACGACCUGAAGCUUUCUUUUAUUUGCUCGAAAACUAUUGUUAUUUAUGUAUGAAGUAAACUUGAGUCCACAUUUGUAUUAUUUCCCCGUACCGCAGCCUCGGCGUAUAUUUAGUUUGGUCGCAAGUAUUCAAAUUUUUCAUCAAACUAAUCAUGAUACGCCGAGGCGGAAUAUGGAGAUCUGAUACCCGGAAAUGAUGCAAAUAUGGACCCCUCAGGUGAACCUGUUGAACUUCUUAACAAUCGAAAGAGACAAAUUAUUUGUCCUAAACAUUGUAAGUAAUUAAGUUUUGUAUCAUCAUUAUUACAUAAAUGGUAUAAUUUGAAUAUGCCUUAUUCCUGAGUAACAUAAAAUGUUAUGGUUGAGUUGAUGGUGAUAUUCGCAUGUGACUAUCACAUUUUCUGUAUAUUAUGAGUCUAUUUGUGUCUAACCUCUAUGUGAUAUUAUAACUAUAUUUUAAGAGCUUGAAUUGUAAUAGUGAAUUGUAAUUUAAGUAAGUAUAUUGUAUUACCAUGAAUUAAAUAUUACUGCGGUACUAAAAAUCCUAUUUUCAUAACGUAGUAAUAUUUUAAGCUAUGUAAUAAUAAUAAAUGACCAAUGUUUGUAUUGAAACCAUUUUAAAUGUGGGUUUAAACCUUCAUAGGCAUACUAGUUGUUCACAUUCCUAUAGGAUGUUGCAGAAACAUCUAUUGGUCAUACAACUCAUAAUUUAGAACAUCCUUUGUUCUAAGAUUAAAAUUAUUGGUCAUUAUAAUUAUGAUAAUUUAUCUUAUCAGUUAUGACAAGUAUUUAUGAUUAAAAAGUAUUAUGAAUGUGAUUAAAUCUAACAUAUACCUAAUUACCUAUAACUAUAUUUUAUUUUCCAUGUUAAAUAAGUUAAUUUGUUGUCAAUAAACAUAAAGUAUAAAUCAUC